AUGCAGCAACUCUGGGAAGAACAGAAAGCUUACGAGAUUGAUGCGCCCGAAGAUGCGAGCACUUCAACAGAGAAGUACUUUGUCACUUUUCCCUUCCCGUACAUGAACGGAAAGCUUCACCUCGGCCAUGCUUUUUCCAUCACGAAGGCAGAGUUUGCAGUUCGCUUCCAGCGUCUCCAAGGAAAGCGAGCCCUCUUCCCCUUCGGCUUCCAUUGUACCGGCAUGCCGAUUGCCGCAGCCGCAUUGAAGCUGAAGGAAUGUAUUGCUCAGAGACAAGCAGGAAACAACGGAGAAAAGGAGCCUGUUUUGCAAGCAAAAUCAGCAGAAAGUGACGGUUCUGGCGAAGAAGCACCGGGUGUUUUCAAGGGCAAGAAGUCAAAAGCUGUGGCGAAAGCAGGUGGCUUGGAUCAGUAUGACAUCAUGCUUGCACUUGGGAUCCCGGUUGAGGAUAUCCCCAAGUUUACGGAUCCGAAGUACUGGCUGGAAUUCUUUCCGCCUUUGGCAGUUAAGGACAUGAAGAAGUUCGGGGCGGCAGUAGAUUGGCGCCGCACGUUCAUUACGACGGACCUGAACCCCUACUUUGAUGCCUUCGUUCGGUGGCAAUUCCUCAAACUCAAAGAGAAAUACCUGGCAAAUGGCAAGCGUCAGACGAUCUUCUCUAUCACCACUCAGCAGCCGUGUGCCGAUCACGACCGGUCAGAGGGGGAAGGUGUCAACCCUCAAGAAUACACUCUGAUUAAACUGAGGGUUAAAGAAUUGCCUGAAGAUUGGACGUCGGUGCUUGGAGACGGCAAGGUCUUCUUGGUGGCAGCAACCUUGCGACCCGAAACCAUGUAUGGGCAGACAAACUGCUUCGUCUUGCCAGAAGGUGAGUAUGGUUUCUUUCGUAUGCGUGGAGGAGACAUUUUCGUCUGCAGCCAGCGCUCCGCACUGAACAUGUGCUACCAGGACUUGGCGGAGAGUGAGGACAUGCAGCCGGUUUGCCUGAUGACAAAGACUGGUGCAGACCUGGUUGGGCUUCCACUCGAUGCCCCGCUGUGCCAGUACCCUACAGUUCACGUACUGCCGAUGUUCACGAUCUCCAUGCAGAAGGGAACAGGUGUUGUUACCAGUGUCCCAGCUGAAGCACCGGACGAUUUCGCCUGCCUCACGGACUGGAAGAAGCGCUCCAACUGGCGCGAGCAAUAUGGAGUCAAGGAAGAGUGGUGCCAGCCUUUCGAUGUUGUCGACAUCCUAACAUUUCCAGAUGCAGAAGAGGAUGUGCCGUCAGCACCAGCUAUUUGCGAAGCAAUGAAGAUUGAGUCCCACAGAGACAAGGACAAGCUGGCCGCUGCCAAGAAAGAUGUUUAUCAAAAGGGCUUCUAUUCUGGAGUCAUGAAGGUUGGCCCGUAUGCAGGACAGAAAGUGAUUGAUGUGAAAGCAAAGAUCAAGCAAGACCUCAUCGAUGAAGGAGCUGCGGUACCGUACUUUGAGCCUGAGGCUAAAGUGGUUGCACGUUCUGGUGAUGAAUGCGUCGUGGCUCUGUGUGAUCAGUGGUACUUGAAGUAUAGCGAUGAAGAGUGGACCAGCAGAGUUCGCAAGCAUGUCUCAGAAAAUUUCGAAAUGUUCAGUGAGCCCGCAAUGAAUGCUCUCACGCAUGCAGUCGGUUGGCUCGGCGAUUGGGCAUGCUCUCGGACAUUCGGCUUGGGGACAAAGCUUCCUUGGGAUGAGCAGUGGCUGAUUGAAAGCCUCAGUGAUUCAACAAUUUACAUGGCCUAUUACACAGUGGCGCAUCUCCUCGAGGGCCUGGAAGGAGAAGAAAAGAUCGAAGCUAGUGCUUUGACAGAGGAUGUCUUCGACUACGUCUUCAACAUCAGCGAGACUCCUCCAGAAAAUUCGGGCAUUUCCACUGAGGUGCUUGCGAAGAUGAAGCGCGAGUUUCAAUACUGGUAUCCAGUCGAUCUGAGAUGCUCGGGCAAGGACUUGAUUCAGAACCAUUUGACAAUGUCGCUUUUCAAUCAUGCCGCCGUGUGGCCAGAGGAGCGUUUCUGGCCAAAGGCAUUCUAUUGCAAUGGUCACAUCAUGGUCGAUUCCGAGAAGAUGUCAAAAUCCAAAGGAAAUUUUCUGACAUUGGAGGAGGCGAUCAGCUCCUACUCCGCAGAUGCAACCCGCAUCGCGUGUGCAGACAGUGGUGAUGGCCUGCAAGAUGCCAACUUCUCCAGGGAGUCCUGUGGAAAGACCAUCCUUCGAUUGACCACGCUGCAAGCCUGGGCGGAGGACGCAGUCAGCAGUUUGCCAAGCAUGCGAACUGGAGACUUCACGUUUCUGGACGACAUCUUCAGCAACGAAAUCACGAAGAGUGUGGUGGCUGCUCAUGAGGCAUAUUCAGGAAUGCUUUUCAGCGAUGCCCUGAGAUCUGCCCUCUACGACAUGGAGAACCUGCGCUCUCAGUACAGCAUUCUCACGAACGGCGAUGUGCAUGCAGAUGUGAUCAAGCGUCUUUUGGAUUCCCAAACAAUCAUCCUGUCCCCGAUUGCUCCGCAUUUCUGCGAGCACCUGUGGCGAAAUGUUCUCGGCAACAAGACCCUGGUCGUGCAAGAAGCAUGGCCCACCCCAGAGACGGAGUACAAUCCUUUCCUUUCGCGACAGUAUGCCCUAAUUCAGGGCACACUCCGCACCUUCCGCCUGCAAUUGGAGAAGUUCAAGAGCCCCAAGAAGAAGAAGAAAGGACAGCAAGCUCAGGGGCCCCCUCCCACACCAAACAAAGCUAUAGUCUUCGUGGCCAAAAGCUACAAGGAUUGGCAGGUUGAUGUGCUGAAGGUCCUGCAGACGGUCGAGCUCAAUGCAGAGAAUGAGCCUGUUGACAAAAACUUCAUGGGACAAGUCCGCGCAGCAGAGACUAUCAAAGACCUUCCCAAGCCUGUGAUGAAGCAAGUUAUGCCAUUUGCCUCGUUCGUCAUGAAGCAGGAGGUCAAAGCGAGAGGGUCCGAGGCUCUGGAGUUGGAGUUACCUUUCGACGAGGCAGCCAUGCUGCGCGAUCUCAGCGAGGUGAUAAAGGCGCAGUUGGGCGUUGAGACGCUGGAGGUUGUGAGUGCUGCUGAAGAGCAUCCUCUGGGCUACGACCAGCAGCGUGAUGCUGCCGGACCAGCGAAGCCACAGAUCGUUUUCCUAGCUGACCAGUUGGAAAGCGUUUCAGCAUGA